AUGGCAAGCUUAGUGGCCCCAAAGCAAGCCCAGCAUUCAUUACCCCCUCUCCCUCCAACCCCAUCAAACGUCAGGUCCUCCCCUCCUCCAGACCUCAACCAACAAGAUCGUCCUCAACUUCCGCUCCACCCUCCCCCGCAUCCGCCCAAUCAGGACCUAAAUCUAAUCCUCAAUACUAUUCCAAAAAGAAAGCCCGUGAAGUUACCCCCGCUAGAAGUUCUCAGUGAUGCUGUCAUCCACAAUUCUCCCGUCUCUCCUGUCGUCAUUGAUCCAUCGUCUGCUCUUCCCAACCCUUCCAUUGCCCAAAUAGAAGAUGUAAGAACCUUGUCUUCCAGCUCCUGGCAAUCGGACGAAUUGGCGCUGGAUAAUCCUGGCACAACACAGCUCCCACCGCGCCAGAGCUCUCUUUCACCCACAACCAACCCCACCUCCUACGAUCAAACUCUACCGUACCGUCACAGGCAUUCAGACAGCAUGCCGGAAUCCCUACAAAUCAUACCAGAACGCAACGAUUCACUACAUCCUGAGCAAUCUCAUAAAGUUCCAAAUAUUUCUCAUAGCGGAAGCCGGGAGGGAUCAUCUCGAGGAUCUUUUGAAAGCGUACCUCAAGAGAAUGAGCCAUAUCAGCCAUUGCAGUAUCACCACAUGGUAUUUGAAGAGAAUGGAGUUGAUAGAAAUGGUCACCGCGGAUCAAAGGGUUCCGUAAGGUCCGCAUCUGGCUCUUCCCUAUGUGGUGAGCCUGGACCAGGGGUAUAUUCGCAAAACUAUCUGACGCCAGGAAAAGGUUCACUUAAUGGACUUACAAUUCCGCGACCUAAUUCAGCCUAUUCGUCCACCUCAGAUCUUGCAUUACGAGGUCGAUCCCCGCAACUCUCUCCCAAUGCACAUGUCCGUGGUGUCUCUACACAUUCCGCUGCAUCCCCAGACGCUCGACCCCUUUCUUUUGUAGACCUUCUUAACGUACCAUAUCCUCAACCCGAACCGGGGGCAGGAGUCUUGGAACAUACCCAUCUACGUCCCUUGGUUGGAAACAACGCGUCCCUCCUUAGCCACAAACAAACCUUCGACAUGUAUUUAGCCAAUGUCAAGAAGACAAAUGACCCCGCCGCUCAGUACGAGUUUGCUGUGUUCAUGAUCAAUUCCAGCCAAGCAACCGAAGAUAGCCAGAGCUCCACAGACCAAGCCCAUCCGGAGAAAUCGAAAGAUAUAACGAAAGCCAGCCUCUUACGAGAAGCUAAAUCUAUCCUGCAACGCCUUGCUGACCGGAGUUAUCCCUAUGCCCAGUACUAUCUAGCAGAUGGCAUUGCUUCCGGUCUUCUCAACAAAGGCAAGCCUGACUAUGAUAAAGCGUUUCCACAUUUUGUUGCAGCAAGUAAGCAUGGCCAUGCGGAGGCUGGCUACCGUGCUGCUCUAUGCUUUGAAUUUGGCUGGGGAACCCGAAAGGAUGCCGCAAAAGCCGUCCAAUUUUACCGUCAAGCAGCAUCAAAAAACCAUCCGGGGGCAAUGUCAAGACUUGGGCGUGCAUGUCUAGAUGGCGAAAUGGGCCUCGUCAACCGGUACCGGGAGGGUAUCAAGUGGAUGAAGCGAGCAGCAGAGUCUGCAGACCACCAAUACAACUCUGCCCCGUAUGAACUUGGUCUGCUCCAUGAAACUGGAUACGGAGAUGACGUUUUCCAAGACGAAGCAUAUGCCGCGCAACUAUUUACCAAAUCCGCAGAGUUAGGCCAUCCCGACGCAGCUUACCGACUAGGCGAUGCUUAUGAACACGGCAAGCUUAACUGCCCUGUUGAUCCCGCGCUGAGCGUACAUUUCUACACUUGUGCUGCACAAUUGGGACACGCCCUGGCGAUGAUGGCGUUGUGUGCGUGGUUCAUGGUUGGCGCAGAGCCACUGCUUUCAAAAGAUGAAUAUGAGGCAUAUGAAUGGGCUAAGAGCGCUGCUGAACUAGGACUUCCAAAAGCACAGUAUGCCGUUGGCUACUUCACAGAAAUGGGCAUCGGAUGCCGCCGCGACCCCCUCGAAGCCAACGUCUGGUACGUCAAAGCAGCCGACCAAGGCGACGAGCGAGCGAAACACCGUAUCGCGGCAAUCCGAGCAGCAGCAUCCGGUGCUGAUCCUACGUCCGCGGCGUCGAAGCGGCGAAAUAAAGGAGGUCAGCAGACUGGUUCUCCAGGUGAGCCUUAUUCUAGAAUUCUCUAG